AUGCGCCCCGAUGAUAAGAGCAGCUCCGGAGCUGCCAGCCCUCCAUCCGAGCUGAAGCAUACCUCCAAUGUUGAUAGCGCUGCCACUCCCUCCGCCCAUGUGAACGUCACCGGUACAUCGUCAACCUCCGAGCUCAUCAAACGCUUAGAGAUUUUAUCCACCCGCGUCCCCAACUUCUGGGUUGCUCCUUUUUGUGGUGGUGCGGCAGGUGUGGCCUCUGGGAUUGUGACCUGCCCCCUCGAUGUGAUCAAGACCAAGUUGCAGGCCCAGGGUGGCUUUGCCCGGCGGAACGGGCCUGCCAUGGAAACUAAAAAACUGUAUCGGGGCAUGCUUGGUACCGGAAAGGUGAUUAUACGAGAAGAUGGAAUUCGUGGUCUUUACCAGGGACUUGGCCCUAUGCUCAUGGGAUACCUUCCGACAUGGGCGGUCUAUUUAGCUGUUUAUGACCGAACUCGUGAAUAUUUCUAUGAACAAACAGAUAACUGGUGGUUAUCCCGCGGAUAUGCUUCGAUAACCGCUGGUGCAUGUUCGACGAUCGUUACAAAUCCCAUCUGGGUCAUCAAGACAAGGCUCAUGUCACAGAGUCUCAAACAAAACCACGAAGGAGCACGAGCUCCAUGGCAGUACUCGGGUACAUGGGAUGCUGCUCGCAAGAUGUAUCAAGUCGAAGGCAUUCGGUCUUUCUAUUCUGGCCUGACACCCGCCCUCUUAGGACUUACCCAUGUGGCUAUUCAGUUUCCUCUUUACGAGUAUUUGAAGAUGGGGUUUACUGGAUAUGGAAUUGGAGAGCAUCCCGAUACAGGGAGCUCUCACUGGGUGGGUAUUUCGCUCGCUACGUUUCUCAGCAAAGUCUGUGCAAGCACCAUUACCUAUCCCCACGAGGUUUUACGAACCCGACUGCAAACUCAGCAACGCAUGGUCCCAGCCCCAUCUCAUGAAGAAAUUGCCUUCCGCGGUGGACUAAAGCACCCUCACGAUCGUGGUCGACCCCUGGCAUCUUCCUCGGACGGGAUGCCUCUCAGACCCCGUUACUCGGGAAUGAUCCGCACAUGUCAGACCAUCCUCAAGGAAGAAGGCUGGCGUGCGUUCUAUUCCGGCAUUGGCGUCAACCUUUUCCGAGCUGUUCCGGCUGCCAUGACGACAAUGCUCACCUACGAGUAUCUCCGAAUGGUUAUCCACAACUUCCAACACGAGGGUGAAAUGAAGCUAGCCUUGGCAAAAGAGACCGAUGCGUCUAGCAUGAUUUGA